CAUAUAUAUUGGCCCUCCUCGUCAGGCAGGAAUACUGGCAAUAUCCUGCUAUAUUGGUCGUGCUCCUUCUUCCUUCGCGAGGUAUCGGAGAGCGCUAUUGAACGUUUACACAUAAGCCGGCGCCCAGCGAAGCCCUCUUUGUUGCUCCUGUCCAAGGGACACCUUAUUGGCUUAAACGGCUUCCAAACCCUACGCUUUGAUGACCAUGUCACCUACAUCAGUUAGCAUUCCUCCCUGUCCAACCCCUUCUCUCGCAGCAGCGGGUACGGCCGAAGCAACAUCCAUGAAGAAAAAGACUUUGCAGAAGAGGAGGACAAAGAUUGUUGGGACACUGGGUCCAGCUUCCAUCCCAAGGAUUAAGGAAUUGAUUCUCGCCGGGGUCAACAUGUUUCGUUUGAAUUUUUCGCAUAUUGAAAACCCUGAAACGCAAACACCGAUCAUUGAGGAGAUUCGGAAACAUAGCGAUGAACUCAACAUCGCUGUAGCUAUUCUAGGUGAUCUCUGCGGACCAAAGAUCCGUUGCAAUGAUUUCAAACCAGGGCCGACUAUUCAACUUACGCCGGGUCGUCCCGUGCGCCUGGUUGUUUCAUCUGGCCCAGGAACUGAUGGUGUCAUCACGACCAAGAUCCCCGAGGUCGUUCAACAACUCGAGAAUGGCCAUCGGAUCCUUCUAGACGACGGAAAUUUAACACUUCGCGUAGCCCGUCGCAUCUCUGACACUGAAUUGGAAUGCGACGUUCUUGUUGGCGGCGAACUUAAAUCACACAAGGGUAUCAACGUACCAGAUAUUCGAUUGGGAGUAGCAGCUCUAACUGACAAGGACAAAAGAGAUGCCCAGUACGCCUAUCGAAUGCGCCUAGAGUACGUUGCCAUGUCCUUUGUUCAGAGAGUGGAGGAUGUCGAGGAGUUGAAACGAUUAUUUGGAGAGUGGAAGAACUCCGAUGCUCAGUUGUCGGCCAACAGCCGUGGCAGUGUCCGCCACCACCCAAUUCACGAUGACAUUGAAGCAGAAGUCGAUGAGCUAGAGGAGAAUUGGAGACCGCACAUUAUACUCAAAAUUGAAAAGCCGCAGGCGUUGGAUGUUAUUGAUGAUUUGAUCAGGGUUGGGGACGGGAUAAUGGUUGCACGGGGGGAUAUGGGUGUGGAAAUUAGUCUGGAGAGAGUCCCAGUGAUCCAAAAGAUGUUAAUACGAAAGGCUAAUGCUGCCGACAAGCCAGUCAUUACUGCCACGCAAAUGUUGGAGACCAUGAUCAACUCUCCGGUACCAACUCGUGCAGAAGUCAGCGAUGUUGCGAAUGCUGUAUUUGAUGGUACAGAUGCGGUGAUGCUUUCAGCAGAGUGUGCCACUGGCAAAUAUCCCGUUGAAACAGUCCAGAUGAUGGCGAGAGUUUGCCAGCAGGCCGAAGACGGAGACACGUAUAUGCAUCCUCAAGUCAUUACUGCCCGUGACCGUGGUAACCGUGUCAACGAUGGCUCUGGAGAGUUUGCGUAUCCGAUCGCGGAUGCGACGGUUGCUGCUGCAGAAGAAGCAAAUGCCUCCGCCAUCAUAGUAUUUACAACGCUAGGCAGCAUGGCCAUAUAUGUCGCAAAACGGCGUCCUAAUCGCCCUAUUAUAGCUGUAACGUCCAGCUAUUCCCUCUAUCGCCGCUUGGUUCUCAAUUACGGCGUGUACCCAACUCUCACACCCGUGCUCAAGAUCCGGUCUCUGCUGUCAAAAGGCCCGGUUUCAACCAAAAGCCUACCUCCUGAAGCGGAUACCAGUCCAACAAAGACGAGUCCGACGGGUCAAUCGCCCACAAAAUCGGGUACAAUGCUAUUGGUGUCCAACACUGACCAAAUUUACGCACAAGCCGAACGGGACAUUUUAAAAACCGCAGAAGAAUUGGGAUUACAGAAAGGAGACCCUGUUGUGUUCUGUGCUGGUUUCCAUGCGCCUUGGCCCGGAUUGAGUAACACCCUACGGAUUGCUCGGUUUGGAGACGCAGUCCGAAGUGCCAAAGCUAGACAUCUUUGGGGCGAUGUGGUAUCUGGUGUUAGGGCAGGGCAUGCAACUUCCAAGCAAUCAUCGGCUUAAUAAUUUCUAAAGGUUUCACCCUUGAUCGUUCUUCUUGUUAUCGACGCAUGAAAUUACAGGUGUUAAAAAGCCGUUCAAAUUGCACCGCAUGGGUGCUUAUGCAAUCCCUCC